GUGUGAAACUUAUUAAAGCCCACCAAACAAUGGAUAGAAUUCACGUUCAUUUUAAUUGGAAAUAUCCAAUCCAGUUCAGCCGAUCAAACAGGGCCAUCAUAUCGCUUGAGAUCGUCCCGCUAUAUUGAUAGCAAUAGCAGCGUAGUCUUCAUAUUCUUAUCAAAAAUCUUUUUCUUCGAAGGAUGCAGCAAACCCAGUCACCACCAUCCAAACGCAACCACUCUCCUUCCCUCCUCCUCCAAUGCGCAGAGCUCGUCCUUUCAUGGCUGACCCCACAAGAACUCGCCACCAUCUCUCUCACCUGCUCCACCCUCCACACAAUUUCUAAGUCCAUCACUCUCCGCCGAGCCUCCGACGCAUCCAGAGCCUUCGAGAGUCAUCCCAUUCCAUUCCACAACUCCGUCGAUGAACACCCGUAUGCCUACUUCAUCUACACCCCAUCUCAAAUUCCUUCUUCCUCUUCUCAAUUUUUAGGGCGCCAAUCCUGGGGCUCCAGUUUUUCUGCACACAAAUCGAACUCGGUGACUGGACUUGGAGUUCAAACGCUGCGUUUCGUGGACGAUUCGGGAGAGUGUGAGUAUGGGUGUGAAUGCGAGGCAUGUGGGGAAGAGGGAGAUGGGGCUGAUGGGUGUCCGUGUUUUGGUGGCUUUAACGACGUCGUUGCGGAGUGUGGGCCGAGUUGUGAGUGUGGGUUGGAUUGUGGCAACAGGUUGACUCAGAGAGGGAUUGAGAUUAAGUUGAAGAUUCUGAGGGAUGGGCGAAAAGGGUGGAGUUUGUGUGCCGACCAGUUCAUUCCAAAGGGUCGGUUUGUUUGUGAGUAUGCAGGUGAACUCUUGACAACCAAAGAAGCAAGAUUGCGGCAGCAGAUAUAUGAUGAGCUUGCAUCAGGUGGUCAUUUUUCCCCUGCUCUUUUGGUAGUGAGGGAGCAUAUGCCAUCCAGAAAGGCAUGUCUAAGAUACAAUAUUGAUGCGACAAGAGUUGGAAAUGUAUCAAGGUUCAUCAACCAUUCGUGUGAUGGUGGUAAUCUAUCCACAGCACUGGUGAGAAGCUCAGGUGCUUUACUCCCACGCCUUUGCUUUUUUGCUUCAAAAGACAUAAAAGAAGAUGAAGAGCUUACUUUUAGCUAUGGUGAAAUUAGGGAAAGGUCUAAGGGGUUGCAGUGCUUUUGUGGGAGCUCUUGUUGUCUUGGAAUUUUGCCCUCAGAGCAGACUUAAUUGUAGUUUUUUGCCUCUAGACUAAGUAGUCCUGUAGCUUGAAUUCUGUCUUUGUAGGAUAUGUAGGAGGGAAAGGAGCAGUUGAGGGCACAUUCAGGAUUGUGCAAUAAGUGGUAAAAAUGAAAAGGGGAAAGAGAACAAGGAGAAGAAAAUAGCACCAUAAGUUUGUUAACUUAUACCUAAUACUUUUACUGAAAUCUGUAAUCGGUUUAACUUGCAAUUUGCUAUUCGGAAUCGGAUGCAGAUGCAAAUUUUGCAAAGUUAACGGUGGGCCAGUGUUCAUGUGUUUCUUUUUCUGCUUUUAUAAAUGAUUCCUCUUGUUUUUUCCUCUUCCUGUCUUAUUAUUUUUCCUACGUUAAGGUCAAUUGGCCAAGGUUAAUAGGAGCCGCAACUCAACACAAUAGCUCUAUGGUAUCGAGUCUUUUGGUGGUUCAACUUUGUGCAAUAUCACAUUCCUUCUAUCAAAGCUUUGUACCAGCUCUAGCUAGGAUUCAGUGUUUAGAGUUUAGAAACCGGUUUUUUACUCACACCUACACCGAACGAGAGUGAUCAUGCAUCUCAUCUACUAUAGCUUAAAGUUUCUGUGCAGACCAGGGCUGGUUUUGGUGUUUCUAAAUUCUCUCUUCAGCUUAGGGCCAAUUCCGUGUUGCUUCAAGUUUCGGUUAGCUUUGUCUAAUGCUGCUGUUGAU